UGGGUGGGGCAGCGGCAUGAGCAGCUUUGCAGUGGAACGGAGAGGCUCAUCCUUUGUGCCACCCACAUGGCCGUGCGAAAAGGAGGAGAGAAGAAGUCCAUAUAUGAUAAAGCAAAGGCUUUGUCAACUAGCGUCUCUCUGACACAAUUGAUGCCGGAUUCUUCAUGUUCGUCGCUCUCAAGUCUCUCCUCUGCUCAUCGUCCAAAGUUUUAUGUAGUUUAUGGUCUUCUUCAUCGUCCUCCAAUGGCCUUAGGACAAAACAACAGCUCACAAAUCCCACUCCCUCCACUUUAAUUGGUUCCCAUCUCUCUGUCUCUCUGUCUCUCUCUCUUUGAUGUGAACCCAUGACUCACGUCCUCCCUACUCUUCUUCACACACCGGGCGCGCAGAGAUGGGCGUGAGAUGAGACGGGUAUAAUGUGAGCUCUGCAAUUGCUGCAAGUACUACUACCACUCCCCGCAGCCGCGCGCAAGACACAACAAUGACAUUUGAUAUUUGGCCUCUGCUCGCUGCCGUCGCGUGGCUCGUCGUCCCGUCCUCCGCCACCUCUGCCUCUCUCGUUGGCGUGAACUACGGGCGAGUGGGCGACAACCUCCCCCCGCCCGAAGCCGUGCCCCGCCUCCUCGCCUCCAUAGGCGUCGGCCGCGCACGCAUAUACGACGCUGAUCCGGGAGUCCUCCACGCCUUUGCCAACACUGGGGUUGAGCUCGUCAUCGGCCUCCCCGACAGCUGCCUGGCCACGAUGGCCGCGGACCCAGCCGAGGCCCUCGCCUGGGCCCGCGCCAACGUCCAGGCGUACCUCCCUGCCACCAAGAUCGUCGCCGUCACCGUCGGCAACGAGGUGCUCACCAAUGCCAACGACACCGGCUUCGCCCUCGCCCGCUGCCUCGUCCCCGCCAUGGAGGCCCUCCACUCCGCGUUCGCCUCCCUCGGCCUCGACCGUGACGUUGCCGUCACCACUGCCCACUCCCUGUCCGUCCUCGCCACGCCUUCCUACCCGCCAUCCGCUGCCGUGUUCCGCCGCGAACUCCUCCCCUACGUCUGCCCCCUCAUCGCCUUCCACGCCGGCACCCGCUCCCCCUUCUUCGUCAACGCCUACCCCUACUUCGCUUAUACGCAGGAGAGCUCGGGAGUGGCGCUCGAGUUCGCCCUCCUCGACCCCGACGCCACCGGCUUCACCGACCCUGGAUCUGGCCUCUGCUACACCAACCUGCUCCACUCCCAAGUCGACGCCGUCUACCACGCGAUCCUGGCGGCCGGUGGCGAAGCCGGGAAGCUGGUCGAGGUGCGAGUGUCGGAGACAGGGUGGCCGUCGGCCGGCGACCCGGACGAGCGUGGAGCCAUGCCGGAGAACGCCGCCAGAUACAACGGGAACCUGAUGCAGCUGGUGGCAGAGCAGAAGGGGACGCCGCUGGUGCCCGGGACGCCGCUCCGGGCAUACGUCUUCGCGCUGUUCAACGAGAACCAGAAGCCAGGGCCGACAUCGGAGAGGAACUACGGGCUCUUCAAGCCCGACGGCACGCCCGUCUACCAUCUCGACAUCACGGUGCCGCCGGAGAACGCCACCGCCGCAGGCGGAGGCGGUGAUGGUGGGAUCUCGACGCCGGAGCCAGACGGCGAGUCCUCCUCCGGCUACUUCAGCAUCUCCUCCGCAGCAGAGCGGCGGCGAUCGCAGCGGCCAUGGAAGACGGAGGCGGUGGUCGUAGCUCAACUUGCGUUGGCUUCCAUUUGGUGGCACUGACAGCUGACACAUAAAGAAGCUCAGUUUCCAUUUGUGACAUCUUUUAUUGUCGUCGUUUAGGACCAUUAAAUGAUCAUUUCAAUGGUACGAGGGCGAGCCAAAACUAAGGAGAAAUGUGUCGGAAAGCUGUGGAAGUAAUCUAUCUUCAAAUUCUUGA